AUGAAUCGUAUCCCAGCUCGGCUAUUUUCCGCCAUGUCUGCAUUUUUAGCGCCAAGUUCAUCCCCAUUCACACGGGCAGUGGUGAACUCGAUGCGAAAGCUCUAUCCAGAAUCCUUAGCAGACAAGAGCUUUGACAAUACAGGCUUACUCCUCGAAGCCCCCUUCAAUCCCACACGCAGACAGAAGAAUUCGGUUCUCCUCACAAUUGACCUAACCAAGGCCGUUGCCGACGAAGCAAUCGCUCGCAAAGACUCUGUCGUUGUAGCAUAUCAUCCCAUUAUCUUCCGCGGCCUCAAAUCCCUCACUUUCAAUGACCCCCAACAACAGUCACUCCUCCGCCUCGCCGCGGAGGGCAUAAGCGUCUAUUCUCCGCACACGGCCGUUGACGCAACCCCUGGUGGUAUGGGCGACUGGCUCUGCGACGUUGUCACGGGCGCAACCACUCCAUCCUCGUCGUCCUCCGUCGCCGACCUAGAAUCCCCCCCCUCCGCCCUCUACUCCGCCCCCACAUACCCCAAACCUGGGCCCGUUUCACCUUCCACCUCAUCCAAAAUAAUCCCCCACACCCGAAGCACAAUCCACCCCUCCCCGGCUCCCGUCCCCUCAGGCCUGGAAGACGCAGGGAUGGGCCGCCUAGUCACAUUCGCGGAGCCCCAGCCUUUGGCCUCCGUCAUUGAUAACAUCGCAAGCGGCGUAGGUUAUCCUGGCGGCAUUCCAAUAGCCAUCCCACAAUCCGCGUCCGUUGAGGACAUCAAGAUCCGUACUGUGGGCGUAUGUCCCGGGUCUGGAUCGAGUGUGUUGAUGAAGGGAGUCAAACAGAUCCCUGAUCUUCUGUUCACUGGUGAGAUGAGUCACCACGAGACGCUGUUUGCAAUUGAGAAUGGAUCUGUCGUGGUUGCGCUUGCCCAUUCAAAUACUGAAAGGGGGUAUCUGAGGGCUGUUAUGAAGGAUAAACUGGAGGGAGUUUUGAAGGGAGAGUGGGCGGAGUUGAGGACGGAGGAGGGAAAGGGUGAAGAGGCGGGUUUGAACGAAGUAUAUGAGGACGAAACGUGUGAAGUUCAUGUUAGUGAGAAGGACCGUGAUCCGUAUGGAAUUAUGGUUAGGCGAGCUUAG